GUUUAAGGUUUAAUAUUUAGGGUUUAGUGUUUUGAUGAUGGCGUUAAACAUAUUUUUUAAAUUUUUUUUUGCAAUUACUAUUAUUUUUUAUUUAUUUUUACACUUUUAUUUUAAAAAUAUAGUAUAACUUCGUAAAUACUUGUUAUUAUUUUUUAUUUUUUUAAAGAUAGAAUAUGAAAUAACAAAAUACUAUUAACCGUGAACCUACAUGCUGUGACUGAAGAAAAACUCUUAUAGGUGGAUCCUGUUGUCUUCUAAUUUAAAAGCGAGUGAAGUAAUAUAUGUAAAGGAGGACAUUUGUGAGUUUAAGUCUUAACUAUAGGUAGGUAAGAUUUUAGGAUAAGUAGUUAUUAAUCCCACUAUAUAAAAGGGCUUAAUUAUGGAUGUUCUGAAGGGUGCCACCUAGGCCAAAUAUUCCCAUCCAAUCAUUUUGCCACGUCACUUUCCAAUUAACAUCCCACACAUUCGAACGGGCUUCGUGCGGGCUUACUCAAACUCUGUUUUGUGGGCCGUCACUUUCCAAUUAAAAUCCAGCACAUUCGAACGGGCUUUGUGCGGGCUUACUCAAUCUCUGUUCUGUGGGCCAGAUUAUUCACUUUCUCCCAGCCCAUCAACCCUCAUAUCCGCGUAUUGGCGAGACUCAAGCCAAAGCUUCGAAAGCUUUCUCCUCCUCUCAACAACCCUAAUCGCCGCUCCCUAUUUCUCUUUCACCCAUGUCGAUUCACUUUCUCUUCCCGAAAUCUUCCCGCAAAACGCCUCCGAUGAAAGGGCUGAAACUUCAAUGUUCUUCCUUUAAGCCUCCAUUCAAGAUCCAUGCGAACCUUCCAGAUCUCCCCUUCGCCUUAUAUCUUGAUUUCUAUUUAAACCCUCAUCUCUGUGACCUCAGCGCUUACCCUUACCUUUCUUACCUCAGAUUGUUAGCUCUGAACCCUAAUCAUGUCGAAAAAUACCGCAAUCCUCACCGGCGAAUCUUCUCCUCCCCUCCUCUUCAGAUAAGUUUCACCGGGACCCGGAGAUUCCACCUUGCAGUUUAGGCUUCUUCAUUUCUGGGAAGCUCGCAAGAAUGUCAAAGGAGUACCAGGGAUCAUUCUUGGGAUCGAGAUGCUCAUGAUCGAUGCGGAGGUAAUUCUUCAUUUCUCAUUAUAUUAGCUUCCAUUAAGUUGAGAUUUAGCAUAUGUUGUAAAAAAAAAGUAGAUUGAUUUAAAUAAAAACUCGGAUGAUUCGUUAAAAUAAAAAUUUGAUUGCAUUGAUUCGUUAAAAUAAAAAACAUUUUUUUGAUCUGUUUGAAAUAUGUUAGCGUAUCUUUGAUUUAUUAGAAACUGUGAUGAUUCGUUAAAAUAAAAACUUGAUUGGAUUGAUUCGUUAAAAUAAAAACAUUUUUUUGAUCUGUUUGAAUGUUAGCGUAAUAAAAACUUGAUUGGAUUGAUUCGUUAAAAUAAAAACAUUUUUUUUGAUCUGUUUGAAAUAUGUUAGCGUAACUUUGAUUUAUUAGUGGGAUUUGUUUUUGUUUUCCAGAAUCAAUCACGUUGUAAUUUUAAUCACUCUGAAAAACACACUUGAUUUCUUACGAUAGGAUGAAAUAAUAUUAGCCUAUGUGUGAUUAGCUUCCAUUAGGUUUAGAUGUUAGCGUAUGUUGAAAAAAAAGUCGAUUGAUUUACAUAAAAACUGGAAUGAUUCAUUGUAACUUUAAUGUUAAACACACUUGAUUUCUUGCGAUAGGAUAAAAUAAUAUUAGCUUCUCUUUCAUUAUACAGAACAUGGCUUCGUGAUAAACCAAAACUGUGAAGUUUGUUUUUGUUGCCUUAUAUCAAUCUAUUUGAGCACUUUCAACUGACACGAUAUUGUAUCUCUGUUCUGUAGGGGACUUUAGCUCUGGGGUUCAUCAGUCAGAACCGUCGGAGCCAGUAUGAGAAAGAGCUCCAGCGUGGGAGGAUCUACACAUUGACAAACUUCUAUGCAUCCAAUAGCAAGGUGAUGUACCAUGUUGCUGAUCAGAGGCUGGUAAUCUGCAUCUCACACGACUCUGCCCUGUCAAAAGAUGAAGAAGACGUUGAAAGCAUUUUGACAGAGCGCUUCAGAGUCCAUUCCUUUUCAGACUUUGAAGCAAACUGCGAUCUCAGAGGGGAUCUUCACGAUGUUGUUGGCCACCUUAAGCUGGUUGAUGGCCAGGCUCUCCAUCAGCGUCCGGUUUUGUGCAACAAAGAUGGCUCAGUUUCUCGGAAAGUGACGGUCCAUUUGCAGCUUAAAGAUGGUCCAGUGGUGAACGUCUAUCUAUGGGACGAAGCCGCAGAAAGUUUCCGCCUGAAGUUUGACGCAAGUGCAACCACUCCAACGGUCCUUCUGGUCACAACUGUGAAUCCUAAAAGGCUCGGGGGUAAUCUCUUACACUUAAUAUAAGAACUCCUGAUCACUCACACUCACUUACAUAAACCUACCACUAACUGCUUUGUAUUGACAGGGAAGUUGCGCCUAAGUUCCAUGUCCUCUUCAAGGGUGUUUUUGGACGAAGAUGUUGACCCCACCAGUGAAUACUUGACCUGGUUAGUAUUAGCUAAUGUCCUCUUCAAUCUAUAUAUUAGUCUAUUAUGUGUUUAACUUUGUUAAUCGCAUGAUUUAAAAUUCUUACCAAGGUUGAGUGUGAACCCUUCUGCCACUUCUUUGGUCAACCCAGUUGAGGUUGUCAAAGCUGAGACUCUCACAAUAAGUGAGAUUGCUGUGUUCCUCAAACGUGAGCCUGCUAAGGUAAAUCCCAUUUCGUGAUUAGAAUCAAGCACUUUUCUCAAUUUAGUUGCUCACAACUUUUGGGAUGUUAUUUUAGGUUGCCUACUUUGACUGCAUUGCAACAAUUGAUGAUGUCAAGCUUGGGGCUGAGUGGUAUUACAUUGCUUGCAAAGAUUGCCAGACCAAGCUAAACCGUGGUCCGACAACCUUGCUUUGUCCAAAAUGCCGCAAUGAAGAUGCUACUGCAUUAGCCAAGUAAGAUUGUCCUGUCACAUAUGUUUCCAUCUGACAAUGUAUAUAUACUAAUCACUUGCUAUUUGAACUAGCUAUCGGGUGGAGCUUUCUGUCUAUGAUAAUGAGGAGCAGUGCACGUUCAUCAUCCUCGGAGAUGCUGGAAAAGAGCUCACUGGCAGAAAAGCAUCAGAGUUGAUUGACGCCUAUGUUCAGGUAAUUGUUGUUCUGUUGAUACAUGAGCAGAUUUUCAUAAUCUUGACACAUAUUAUAAUCAUAAAGUCUACCAAGUUGAUAAAUAAAUUUUAUUACAUUAGGAAAAUGGUGGAGAUGAGGCUGAGCUUGAAGUUCCACUGCCACAGUGUUUUAUUGACACAAUUGGCCAGACAAAGAAAUUCAGGAUCAAGGUCUCCCCCUACAAUUUCACUUCAACCCGACUUUCCUUGACCGCUACCAAGAUUAUCUCACCAGCAGUUUUACCACCAAAAAAUACGCCACUCAGCACGCCACUUUCUCUUCUUGGCGCACAAAACCAUAGUCCAGGAGCUGAAGUGGGAAUCUUAGAGGUAGCUGAGAGCAGUGGUAGUGGUACUUCGGCCACUGACGACCAGAAGGAAGCUAAGCGUAUCAAGCGUAGUGGCUAGAUCUCAUACACCAAAAUCACUCCACCAGUGGCUGGUACAGACUGCCCAGUCAGCAUGCUUCCCUAAUAACAGUCUUCUUAUUUCUCUUCAGUCAUUUUGUUUUCCAUUUUGCUAAGACAAUUUCAUUUUGCUAAAACGUUAUGGAUUUCUUAUCUUAUUAAGUUGUUUGGUUUUCAUUCCUACCUUGGUUAUGCAGUCUUAUAAAUUUUAUGUAUUCGUAUUCAUUAUUGUAUUAUGAAGAGGUCAACAUAAUACAAUGCAUGAAUCGAAUAAAGAAAACGUACGAUCCAUGCAUUGAUACGUUUACGUCCAGCUGUUAAUUAUUACAGUUCGAUCUACCACAAAUAGAAUAUUAAUUUGUUCAACCUUAGCUGACUCAAUAGAAUAUUCUUCAAGUAAAUUAAUAACGAAACUGCCAUAUUUCAUCCCAAUAAAGAAGACUGCAUUCAUUAAGAAUUUAAUAUAAUAUAUUCUACCAUUAAUACAAAUAACUAAAGAUAUGUAAAAACCACAUAACGUUUUGAAAAGAAGUAUUCAAGUUCUUGCAUUAGGUCUACACACAUAUCCAUCGCCUCUCAGCCAGAUUUCGAGUCAAUCUAAUAUUCCCUGUAAGAUUUUUUGUAUUACAAUUAUGUAUUUGCUUUCUUUUAUUUGUUUCUGUUAUGCUUUGCUGUUGAUAAUCCUGUUGAGUCUUGAUUUUUCAAUAAGUUGUGUACAAGUCAAUACCCCCGAAGGAAAUGUUAAUUCCUUUCUGAUGGGUGAGGGGUUGUGAAGGAUUUCUAUAAACUAUACAAACCAUUCACAAUUUCUCGAAUGUAUAAAUAAAAACCUUAGAAAACAUUAGAAAACAUUCACACUUUCUCACCGUUUACAAUUCCAAAAAGCUAUAGAACACGUUCACAAAUAACCCUUGAUUGCUCAAACAUUCAACAAUAACCCCUUAUUAAUUUUAACAUUCACAAAUAACCCUUUAUUCUAAAAAGAUAUAUUUUAACUUAUUCUGAAAAUAAUGGUUAUCUAUAUUUCAGUUUGUAAAAUAAAUUCGAAAUUUCACUCCUAUUUGAUACUGCGUUAUUUAAAAGGAUUAUUAAAGUCUGUUUAAUUAUAAAAAAAAAUUAAAUAUGGGAUUAAACUCUUAAUAGGUAUUGCUUUCCGGAUGCAUGAAGGUAAUAAACUAAACAUAAACUUUACAAAAAACUAAAUGCUAACAAAUAUUUCACUUUUUUCAG